UAUAAAACGGGUCAGCAACAAAUGAUGAAAUUGACAACUGUAGCUUUUCGGAUAAGUUGUGUAGUUUUAUUACAAUGAACGCGUUUAAUUGUUUCAUGAUAGGGUUUGUAACGGGUGCGGGUUAACACAUCGACUUUUAUUCACAUUAAUUUUUAAAACGUUUGUCGUAGCUGCAGCUAACUGCUUAGCGGUUAGCAGAGAUCAGCAGCAUGGGUGAUGGCAGUGUAGUUCCAAAGAUCGGCAACAUGAAGGCUCUUCUGGGAAUUAUUGCUGGAGCUGGCGCCUCUUAUGGGCUUUAUAAACUCUUCAGCGGGCAGGUUUUUAAGAAAACCAAGAAAAUUCCCCCAAACGAAAGUCCUGGUGUGAAGAGCAGCCAGCAGGGGGGAAUAAAGCCACGGCCGGGGAGCCUGCUAGCUAAAGUAUCCGGGCUGGAUGUUGUCUGUGCUCGACCAGAUGAUGCUGCAUCAGCGGAGAUCAUCCAUCAAUCCCCCAACAAACUUGAGCUACAUCACUUGAAGAUGCUGCUGUCACGCCUGCAGACCAGUGAGGAUCCAGCUGAUCGCUCUCAGUUUCUUCUAACAUUGGGAAAUGCUGCUGCCUUCACUGUAAAUCAGAACCAAAUUCGGGAGUUGGAGGGGAUUCCUGUCAUAGCUGGCCUCCUUUCUGACCCGGCUCUGGAGGUUAGAGUGCAAGCUCUGAAUGCUUUAAAUAAUCUUUGUAUGAAUAUCCAAAACCAGGAGCAAAUAAAGCUUUACGUGCCACAAGUGCUGGAACUGAUUGAAAUGUCACCAGUGAACUCCGACCUUCAGCUGGGGGCUCUGAGGCUGCUGACGAACCUCUCAGUGACUGACAAACAUCAGCAUUUGCUAAAGGAGUCGGUCACUCUCUUAUUGUCCCUGCUGGUUGUUAGCAACGAAAGGCUACAGGUUCAGACCCUGAAAGUUCUUGUGAAUUUAUCUUCUAAUCCAGAUAUGAUGGAUGACAUAGUUCAAGCUCAGGCUCCAGCUUCUGUCCUGGUUUUGGUUGACGAACGGACAUCUCCUGCGGUGCUCCUGCGCCUGCUCACAUUUGUAGGGAACUUGAAGGCCUGGCGGCCCUCGGCACAGGUGGCUGAUGAACUCAGACAGAAACAGGAUUGUCUCUUCAGGGUCAUGCUGGAUGAAACUUCACAGCUGCACAGCAAACUUGUCCAGCUGCUUUCACACCCUGACAGGGAAAUUCAAGCCCAAGUAGCCCGUAUAUUGACCUAGACCUCCCUCCCGUCUACCUGCCAGUCAUUAGUCUUUAACUUGAUCUUCAUAGACAUUGAACUCCAUGCGGAUUGCACUUGGCCUCCUGUUGGAACUAAGCAAUACAAUUGAUCUCCAGUGUUCCUUAAAUCAUUACUGUUGUAUCUCGCAACUAAAUUCAGUUUAAUAUCAAACACUCCCGUUUUCUAGUAUAUUUAGUGAAUUUGCUAAAAAUGAAACUGCUGUUUGAUCAGUAUGUAAGAACGCCAUUUCUCAAAAGCCCCACCCCCUUGUUUUGUUCACUACUGUCAAGCUUUUAUGAAAAAUCUAUUUUCCUGAAACUUCCACAAAUAAUUUCUAAAAAAAAAACGUAAUUACAACUGAAGAUGUACUUUAGAUUUAAGAAAUCAAAGCCAACUGCCAAGUUUGUUGUACUCUAUUCUUCUUUACUCAAACAUCUGUGGUUCAUAGAGGCGAGGCAGUUUCUCCACUGAAUGGAUUUACUGCAAACUAAUGAUUGAUGGACAUGAAGGGUUUUAAAGAAACUAAAACAUAAGUAUUCAUCAGAAUUUCUUAAUGAAAAAACCCUUCCUGCUUUAGGCAGCUAGAAGUAAGUUUUAAACUGACAUGGCUGAGGAUAUAAAGGAGAGGAAGUAGAGUUAAUAACGAGGACUUUAAAGUUUAGCCGCUUGUCUCAGCACCAUAUAGCAGAGUUAUAGCGAGCCCGGUAGAUAUAAACCAGGAUGAACUCUGAACGACGACUGCCUGAAGGAAAUGGGUGUGAUAUUCAAUGCAUGAACGGGGAGAUGUCAUCUUUAAAAGCCCCCGAGAAGGAGGAAGAUACGUGAUUGGCCAAAAACUGUGAUAUGACUUCACAAAAUUCAGGCAGAGAUGCAGCUUGUAAAAGUUGGACUGAUGACAGCUGUUUAUACAUAACCUGGUUAUAUAUAUGCAGUGAUGAAUGUGAACUAGAUGUAUUAUUAUAUAAAUCUAUGCACUAAUAGGAAAGAAAGUGAGGGAUCGCCUAUUGUGUAGCUUAUUAGUAUUUGACUGUAUAGCUCUACAUGUAAGAUA